GUUGCUCACUCUCAAAUAAUAUCAACCAAAACAAUACUUGUAUAGUAAAGUUUGUUGAUAUCGACAAUAUGGAAAUCAAGCAUUUCAGUCAUGAGCACCCAUUGAAUCCUUGUGAAAUUAAUGAUGAAGAAGAGGAUGAAAUCAUCUGCUCAUGUUGUCUACUAGAAGUAUCUCCAGGCUCAUCAGCAUUCAAGUGCACAAAAAAGAAGUGUGACUUCAUCCUCCACAAGCCUUGUUCUGAGCUCCCUAAACAAACUCGACACCCUUCUCAUCCUGAUCACCCUCUCACUCUCCACUCCACCCCUCCUUACAUCUUCAACUGUCAUGCUUGUUGUAACAGUGGCGGAGGAGCCUUCGUCUACAACUGCUAUGAUUGUCACUUCGACCUUCAUGUUCAAUGUGUCGCCUUGGCUGAGUCUAUCGAACGGGAAGAUCACUGCCACCCUCUCAACCUUGUGUUCUCAUUACCUCCCCCAAAAUUAAUAGGAGACAAUAAGGAGAGCGAUCAUGAUACAGAGAAGGAAAAAGAUAACUAUAUUAAAGAUGAUCAGGAAAAAGAAAGAGACUAUGAAGAGAAAGAAGAAGCUCCAAAUGAGAAAGAAGAUGAAGAAGGAGAAAAAGAAGUAGAGUAUUACUGUUAUGUGUGCGAAUCACGUAUCAGUAAGAGCUAUUGGGCUUAUUUCUGUAGUGAUUGUGACUAUGGAGUUCAUCUGGAGUGUGCUACAACUGAAGCUGAAGAAGAGGUAGAAGAAGAAGAUGGUAAUGAUGAUGAUGGUGAUGAUGAUGAGAUCGUAAAAAACAUGAGAAAAAUUGCUGUUCAGCAAAUGAUGAUAAAUAAUCAGCGAACAAGGAUGCUCUGCAUGCAACAAUUUUUUAUAUAGACAAUACAAUGUCAUACCAAUAUCGACCUGUUCUGUUUUCCAUUUUGUGUUCCUAAAAUAUUAUUCUCAUAAUUAUCUACGUAAUUUCCUUUCUUUUGUUUUCAAUUUAUGUUUUGGUGGUUGUUCAAAAUACUAUAACUAAUUUCUUCUAAGUAGAAUAAUUUCCUUUCUUAUUUGUCUUUCUUUGUCAUGUUCAAUUCUAUAUUAACUCUUGUAUACAAUUAAUAAAUUAUUAUCUUGUUCUCGAAAUAAAAUAAACUUUAAUUGUA